AUGCCCGGGGGCGCCGCUUGGGCGCUGAGGCCGCCCGCGGGCUGCACGGGGCCCCGCGUGGGGCCCGGCUCCUACCGCGUGGGGCUGGAGUGGCGGCGCAGGGCAGAUGGGUAUGCGCCAUUUCUUUCUUUGACAAGACGAGAUUUGACAUUUAUUACUCGAAAUAGAGAUGACACCAUCCCAGGACCAGGAUACUACAAUAUUGUCAGAACACAGGACACUAUAAAAGGUGGCAAGAGUCUGCAAAAUAAAGAGAAGCGCUUCAAAGAUAUCAGCACAGUUACUCCAGGUCCUGGCAGCUAUAACCAUGCUGCUACAAUGGAGAUGGCUGCAAACAGCAAAAAGCAGCAAGAUUUUCAAGAGCAGAGUCAGUUGAGAGCUGCAGAUAUUUUAAAAACCCGCAAAAAGGUGGAUGUUCCCUCUAUUCCUUCUCCAUGUCAGGCUUUUGGAUAUGAGGAAGCUGAGGAUGGCACUCUUAAAAAACAAGACCCUCCUCCGAGAGACCUGACAUUAGGCCCAGCUUAUUAUCGCCCACUAUUUGAUGCAAGUUAUUCUACCUUGAAGUAUAAAGGAAUACAUUUUGGUAAUUUAACUGGAAAACGCCAUGAAUUUAAACCUCAAGAAGGGCCAGGACCAGGACAAUAUGACUUAACUCAGGAAGCAGCAUUGCUAAAUGAAAAUGUCAACAUGAWAAAAGAAGAAAAGAAAAGAAAAUAUCUCUUUAUCCCACGGUAUCAUGAAGCAAUAGAAUUACAGGAGGAAAAGAAGGGUUUUCCGGGACCUGGACAAUAUGAAAUAGAAAGUCAAUUUCAGAAGAGUGAAAGCACCAUGCAGCAGGGUAGAACAUUUCUACAUGUUCCUUUUCUUUCACAAUCUGAAAGAUUUGUACCAGUGAAAUCAAUCACACCAGCUCCUGGCACCUAUAAUGAACCAUCYGUGGGUCUUGAGUCCUUGAAUAGAACAUCGGGAAUAAAAAGGAUCCCGUUUGGUCAAACUGCUGUUCGAUUUACUCAAGACUUCAGGGCAGAAAGCACGCCAGGCCCUGCAUUCUAUAACAUUCUGAACUAUAGUAUUGAAAACGAAAGUAUGAAAAACAUGUAUUUGGCCUACACAAAGAGAGCAGCUUUUGGCUCUUCAGCUCCUAGAUAUUUGCUGCUUCAUGAAGAGGAAGAAUUUUCUACUCCUGGCCCUGCUGAUUAUCAGGUCAAUAAAAGCACUGAAAAACCACAAAAACCCCAGAAGUCUUUACCUUCCUUCUUAACAAGGCAAAAAAGACCAGUAGUUGUUAUGGAAAUUCCACCACCAGGGUAUUAUGAGGUCCAAAAAUCCUAUGAGAAAACACGUGGGAAAAGCCGCUAUAUGUCUCCCCGAACAGCACUGGCCAAAAAAAACCAAGGCUCCUUUCUUAGUUCAGCACCUAGAUACAGCUUACUUGUGGCUCACAGGGAUAUACCAGGUCCUGGGACAUACAACCCUGUGAUGAGUUCAGCUUCCCACGUUUCUGCAUAUAUAUCCAAGCUGGAGCGUUUUAAGGAACCAAAAGAGAGAACUCCUGGCCCCGGAGCAUAUGAGUGCAAGGCUUUGAGAAGUCUGCAAGACCUCAGGAACCUCCCUGUUACACAAAGAAAAGAAUCCUAUCGCUGCUUGGAUGAAGAAUAUUUUCACAGAAAUGAGAGAGUCCACCAUGAAGCCCUCUGAGUUUACUUAGGAAAUCUCUGAUCGAUUUAAUCCAGCAUUAGUAACCAUUAAUGGCAGAGACAAGCUGAAGGCCCUCCUUCCAGAGGAAAAAAUCCUUUCAUGAUGGUUUCAACCAGCUGCUCAAAAUGACUGUUCUUAUCACCUCCUGAUUAGGAGAGCUGUUUCUCCACGAUUUUUUCUUCAAAUGAAACAUUUCCUUCUUAUCAAACAUCUCUUCUUCACAAUACAGUGCUUCUUCAUAUUUCAGUACAAAUAAAUCCAGAAAUAAGAUUUAUUUCCCCUUUCUAUUUCUUCCUCCUUCCUCUUCCCACUUUUUUAAGGAACCCUGAAAUUGUGUAAAUUUACUUCUGCACCGUGUGAAAACAUUGCUUUCUGUCUUUGGUGUAGGGGUUAACUGGCAUCCAGAUGGGCCCAUCAUAGCUUCAAACCCUGUUGAAGAUGUAGAAAAGAAGAUGACAAAAGCUGUAACUUUAUCUACAGGUUUGAUGUCUGUACAGCCUCYAACUUGAGGAAAUCCUGUUGUCCCUUCCCAGUGGAGCAGGUUGGUCCCCAGCAGUCUCCAGGCACAACUAGAGGUACGCAGCUUUCUGUUUUGCAUUCUGUAUUUCUGUGCCUCCGGCCAUCCUUAAUUGCAAAUAUGCUGAAAACAACAUUAAUUUUACCCACAAACACAAUGGUAUUCCAAAGUAGCGGCCUGCUGUUUUUCUCCACUUUACCUUCAGCAUUGUCUUCCUGGUAAUUUAUGCUAAAUAAAAUGCUAAACUUGGAAUCCAGCAUUGUCCACCAUAUAAAAGUGGGACCAGGAUUCAGGUGGCUUUUCAUCUGACCUAUUCCCAAGGUAGUGGGUGCUCAAAUGUUGGGAUUUAAAUAAUAAUAAAGAAAAAAAAAUUGUGUAGAACUAACUACAGCAAUUUGGAAAUGUAGGCAAUGCCUUUUCAGGAUUUGUCAGCUCACAAAUUUCCA